AUCUCUAUUUUCAUAUCUAUAUGUUGUCGACAUUUGUUUUUUAUUCGCGUUCUAUUUUUGUGUGUGACGGGACUGUCCGGCAAAGAUUCUAUUUUCUAAAUAAUUUUGAUGAUUUUCAUUUAGAUCAUUGAAAUUAAAUCUUGCACCUCUAAAUGGCCGAAAUAGCUAAAAUGCAGAACGGAGACGGUACGCCGACAGCCGUGGAUAACACCAAAAAGCCGCUGCCCGAAGAGGUAACCAAGCAAUCGUAUCGCGUCAAAGUAUGGCGUCACCUCGAAACAAACGGGCUGGCAGUGUUCCCGCGCCCAGUCUACAACAGAAUUCCGAACUUCAAAGGGGCUCAGGAGGCGGCCGCUAAACUAGCCGAGCUGGACGUAUUCAAGAAUGCGAACACCGUGAAAGUUAACCCGGAUAAACCGCAGGAGCCUGUUAGGGUGAUAUGCCUCGAACAGCAGAAGACUUUGUACGUUCCGGUGCCACGGCUCCAGACCGGCUUCCUGAACCGCCUGGAGCUGCCUGAAGGUGAAACUGGACCGGCUGCCAUUAGGAAGGCCGUUUCGCGUAACGGAAUGGAGACUUAUGGAAAACCUAUAGGCAUAGAAGACACCGUUUCGUUGGACCUGGUCGUGAUGGGAUCAGUCGCCGUGUCUAAAGAAGGAUAUCGUAUCGGAAAAGGACGAGGGUACGGUGACCUUGAGUUUGGACUGAUGAUGCACAUGAAAGCUAUCAAGCCGGACACUGUCGUAGUGACCACCGUACACGAUUGCCAGGUGUUUGAUACACUGCCGGCUGAGUUGUUUGGACCACACGACGUUCCUAUCGACAUCAUAGUGACGCCCACACAGGUUAUAGAGACGCAGCGUAUGAGCCAAAGACCCACUGGUAUUUUGUGGCACUUGCUCUCCAACCGGCGCCUGCAGCUCAUGCCGAUACUUGGACAGCUCAGAGAUAUCGAAAUGCUAGCCGGUCGCGCCUGCACGCUGAAGGAGGUGGAUACGGAUGUGGAGGAACGCACCGUGCAGCGUCCGAGAAGGGUGCGGCGACGUACGCGCGAACGGAAGAGUCACAGCGAGGGGGAGGGCAACACAACUGAAGGCGAAGAUGGCAAGCCCGGGAAGCCCCGUCGUUCGAACCGGAACCGCCGCAACAGCACCAAGUCGGCCGGGAAGGAGCCGCGCGAGGGCGACGCUAAACCUAGACGCCCGAAACGACAACGUCCCGUCAUCGACUUCUCCGUUAAGAUCUCCAAUAUAAGCCCAAACACUAGAGUGCGUGACUUGAAACAAGCUCUCUCCGAGCGCGGCGUCAAACCUCAGAUAAUGGUGUGGAAAGGUUUCCGUGGAUUUUGUUAUUUGCACUUCUUCAAACCAGGACCUCAAAAGGGCGAAGGCGACAGCGGCGUCAGCGCCGUGAGCAUGGAGGGCGUGCUGUCGGCGUUGGCGCAGAUGUCCCUGGGCGGGUCCGGGGACGGCGACGCCGAGGACAAGCCGCGGCUGCUCGCCGUGGAGCCCGCGCCGCCCCGCCAGCCGCACGCCGAGCGCGCCGCACCCACCCCCGCAUCCGCACCCGCCGCCGAGGUCCAAUGACUCGAUCGAGCCGGAGACUAAAAGCAAAUGUUGAAAACCAUUUUAACGAAUUUCAUUAACAAACACGCAUAACGUUGCUCGCUUGGUUGCACGCGGACGGACGGGUCUCCUGUCGCAUUCCGACACUUAUCGUUUAGGAUUUAAGGUUCAUUUUCCUGUGGGGCCGGCCCGUAUACAUAACAUACCAGUAAAACGCUUUAAUUUUUUUGAUAUAGCUGCUACAGAACACUUUGAAUGCCACAAAAUUGGCAAUAUCGUUUGAUUAUUAACAUCUCGUCUUUUCGCAUUAAAAGUGUACAAUUUCCAAAAAUAUUCGAAAUUGAGUUAAUAUGCGGAAUCAUUUGGUAUCAUCAUCAAUAUUUUUCUCAUAAAUACUGUCAAAAGAGUGUAGUUUAGUUUUCUUUUUAGUUUACCUAUGUUUUAAAUAAAUUAAGACAUAAUUUUAUCUUACUUUAAAAGGCAAAUAAUGUAACUGAUAAAAUAAAAUCUGCAAAGAUGAUUAAUAUUAAAAAUAUUACAUGAUAAUAAUAAACCUUUAAAACACUCUCCUGUAAAAUUAGUAAGUUUUGAGAUUAUACAGUUCUAAUGCGAGAAGACGGUCUCAGACUUGGUAAUGCUUGAAAUUAGUAUUUGAUAAAUAAGAUGUGGUUUUUUUUUUUUAAUUUCAAUGAAGGGCCGGUACCUGCUUUUUAUCAUAGAAGUGUGAACAUGUAUUUACGUAACUUAACGAAAGAUCUUUAUAUGAACGUUUAGUUGUUGUCUAGUCUAAUGUUAGCACGUAAAGAUUUUAUUGUUUCUCUCUCAAUUAUUUCGGGGCUUAAAUCAAUUAAAAGACGUCAAGGAUUUAAAGGUUUUUUACAGUAUUUACUUUUAAUAGUUUUAAGCCUUCGAAUACUCUUCCAUUUGAAAAGAUGCUAUAUUUUUUAGUGUUUGAAGUUAAUGAUUCAUAUAUAUGUAUAAGGUGCUUGAAAAUAAUAUAAAUAAAAAAAAAACAGAGCCCCAAAUUUGGUAUUCGUUGGAAAAGAGGUAUUUUGUUUGUUUGUUUUUUUUUUUAAUAUUAGAGAUAGAGUUAUUUAUUUUUUGAAUAUAAAUAAUCGUUUGGGGCCAUGUUUGAGUUUUUUUCUGUAUAUUUGUGCCAACUUGGAUGAGAAAUGAGUUUAUUAUUUUACGUUUCACUUCAUAAUAAUUGUAUUAUUAUAAUUACUGUUCCUUACGAAUUUCGUCCAACGAAAAAAAAAAUAUAUAUAUAUUUUUAAACUGAUGAAAAAGAUGUAUGUGUAUUUUAAUUAUAACUUUUCUAUUAGUAAAUGUAUGAUGGAUACUUACUUGGGUGUCUUAAAUGCCCGUAGAUGGCUUAUUUACAAAAUUAAUGUAACUUAUCGUAAAAUGAAAAUGAAUAAAUUUCAUGUUAGAAUCUCAAUUUUAGCUUAAAAUUAGCGAGAAGAAAUAUUUAGAAAUUUAAAGAUUUAAAAAAAAAUAUGUAGAUUUUGUCUUGAAUUUUUUUUUGAGGUUAUCGUGUUUAUCUUUUUGUUUUGUAAUUAAAUUAUCAGAACAUAUCGUAUUGAGCGAGUUGGUAUAAAUAUUUUUACGCUGUUGUAAUAUUUCGAAAGUUUACUUCUUCAGUAUUAGGUUAUUUUUCAAUUUAAGACUCGGAAAAGUAAUAUAUAUUAUGAUAACGUAAUUAUGAUGUGUUUAAAAAAAAAAAAACUUAUUUUCCCUGUUCUAUGUAUGGAACGGUUUGUUGGAAACUGAUCUUUAAUUGGUCUCUUUUUAGUGUAGUUUUUUUUUAAUUAUUAUUGGAGUGAACAUUUAAACAUUUAAGUUUUGUUUUAAUUGCUAAGCAUGUUGGCUUUUCAUUUUGCUUUGUGAGCACGAUUGUACACGCACACGUAGCGUCGAAAUAAAUAUUAUUUGCGAUUUUAAGCACUGUUUUUUUUUUAAUGUAUAUAAUUUGUUAACACGCUAUUUUAUUGUAACGUUGGUACAGCAGGCACGGAUGAGCGACUUUUUUUUUUCGUUUUUGUAUUUUUUUAAUAAAUUUAUUAAAGUAUUUAUUUUUCUUUAUUUAUUUUUUUGUUGUUCCUCGCGAAAACGGAUUGUGUGUGGGAAAUUGGUUUAUUUUUCCUAAAACUUAGCGUUGUGAUUGUAAAUUUCUUAGAGGUUGAGAGUAAAAUUAAAUUCUAUUUUUCUAGUG